AUGCAUCGAGGAGGCAAAAAUGUCUCACAUCGUUUGGCAUCCAGAUUUGGGCUCCUUCUGGUAGCUUGUUGCGCCUUCACCCUGCUCGGUGCUGGGCCGCCUCCCGCGUCGCGGCGUCUCCUUUCCUUCAGUCUCGCCAUUGAGAUUGAAGAUGGAGGAACGGGAUACACAGGCAGGGGGGUCGGGGUUGAGGAACUUGUGGAGAGCAAAGGGUCCGACAGCAGUUCUGGAAACCCAGACAAGGGUCCGCCAAUUUCCCCGGCAGCAUCCGAGAGGGCCGAGGCGGCUGCCGUGAACCACUUUGCCGUUGUUGGCCACGGAAAACGAGGUCUGCAUAACAUGUCGACUCAGCGUAGGGCGUCAAAGAGCCGGUAUGUGUUGCCCGCGGUCCUCAUUUCCGCCCUUGCAGCAGCUGGAAUGAUGGGCUACGUCACGCCCAAGAAAACGCCCGCCUCCCAGAAAGCAGAUGUCGAGACGGUCGCUGCCCGCGCUGGUGCCGAGCAAUUCGACUCGGAUGCCACCGAGAAAAAGAGCGCGGAAAUCGCACAAGAAACCGAGGAAUCCAGACGGCGUCGCAAGCAGGCUGCACUCGUGGCCGCAGUGCUGGUAGCGGCGGCCGUCUACGGUCUGCGUUCGUCUCUCUUGGGGGUUGACAAGGUGUCUUCUCCGACGGCACUCCAGGGGCUCCUAAAAAAACCUGAAAGCAUGCACGGCAUUGAUCCUGAUGCCUCCGUCGACUUCCAACCGGACGCGUCGGUCGAGCGGCAAAUGGAAGUGCCGGCCGAAGGUGCGGGUGAUGAAGUGCGAGGUUGGCAGCAUUUAGUCCAGGACUUUUCGGCGAUGUCAGCGGGAGAAUAUGCGCUAUCCCCGCGCGUCGGAGCGGUGGCCUCGGCUGUUGCACUUGGGCUUCUCGCCUUCUCGCUGGCAGCUGCUCGACGGGCAUCGCGUCGGAGACAACAGCAAGGGGAAGAGCGUCCAGCGUCACCAACAGCGGGCGAGGAACAGGCGGAUCCGGUGUCUGCUGAGGCCGUUGCUCCGGCAGCUGAACCCGAGGAGAUUCCCAAGGCAGAACCCGAGAAGCCGGAGGAGGAGGAAGUGCCUGCUGCGGCCGCUGACCCGACGGCUCAACCCGAGGAAAUUCCCAAGGCUGAACCCGAGAAGCCGGAGGAGGAGGAAGUGCCUGCUGCGGGCGCUGCUCCGGCAGCUGAACUCGAGCAGAUUCCCAAGGCAGAACCUGAGAAGCCGGAGGAGGAGGUUCCUCCUGUGGCCGCUGACCCGACAGCUGAACCCGAGGAGAUCCCCAAGGCAGAACCUGAGAAGUCGGAGGAGGAGGAGGUUCCUCCUGUGGCCGCUGACCCGACAGCUGAACCCGAGGAGAUUCCGAAGGCAGAACCUGAGAAGCCGGAGGAGGAGGAAGUGCCUGCUGCGGCGGGCGCGCCGGAAGAACCUGAGGAUUUGCCGGAGGCCGGAGAGGAGGGAGGGCCGGCCGACAGUGCUACGGCGGGUGUACCCGGGGAAGUAUCAGAGGAACCAGAGAAGGUGGAGCAGCCUGGCGGCGUCGUGCCGGAUGAGCCUGUGGAAGAGACGCGCACAGAGGCCCAAGAGAUAGGCACAGGGUCCCAAGAGAUAGGCACAGGGUCCCAAGAGACGGAAAUUGGGGCUCAAAAGGGGGAAGAGCCGAGGGAGGAGAAAGGGCCUGAGCGUACCGUAGGCGAUGAGUGGGAGCGUGGAAUGGUUUCCCCAGAGACCGAAUCCAUGUGGGAGGACAGCGAGGAUGAAGGUGAGGGCGAGUUGGAUAUCCAUGAGCUGAAGUCCGCCGUGUGGAAUUUAAUGCGAAAAUACGAUCAGAAGACCGUCAAGUUUCGAACUCGGGUGGCAACGCUCACAACCACGAUCGAUAACAUAGAAGCCCGCCUUUACAGAAUCAGAGAGCUCGGGCAACCGAGUGCCGAGCAGUCACUGGUUAACGCGGCCGAGCGUUUAUCGGAGGAGCUGAUCGGUUUGCACGAAGGCGUGGUGGAAAUCUCCACGCUGCAGCGCCUCAAUCUUGCAGUUGUCAAUUGCAAGGAAAGAGUGACCAUUGCACAAGAGGAGGGGAUGACACCGCGUGAACAUGCUGCCUUCCGGGACCACCUGAACAUAGCCAUGUCUUACCUCGAUAGCAUGCGCGGGGAGACGUCGGCGACACAAGGCACUCCGGGGGGAACGACUGACAUAAGAGCUGAGACAGAACACAGGCCAUCACAAGAGGCUCUGGACCUUAAGGAUAUCAAUUUCUUGAGACGUCAGUUGAAGCAAAUCAGGAAGCAGUGCGCUGCGGCGAUGGCGUCGCCCAAGACAGGUCCGUCCACGACAGCACAGGAAUCCGCCAAUACUGCCGUGGCGUACGCCAGAAGGAUCCGCAGUGCACUACAAAAAAUUAGUGAGGACAUCAAAGUCCGAGAGACCGUGGAGAGGCAGCUUGAAGAGCUGGAGAUAGGGCUGAAUGCUGCCGAAAAUUUUUUCUACGGACACAUGAUGGUAGGGAACGAGGUGGAUUUCUUCGAAGAGGAUGGCUCGGAGGCCGGCGUCGAACUUGACAGCGUAAUGGACGAGGAGCUCAAGGAGGAGAUCCAACGUCGACGGAGGAGGCUGAUCCGCACCGUACGAGAACGCGAGGCUUUCAUGACAACACAAUUGCUGGUCCGAAAAUAUGUGGACAUGCUCUUUGAAGAUAAAGCGCUACUUGAGCGCGCACUGGAGGAGGUGGAAAACGUGGUACAGGAAGAAUUGCGUGUCCCGCCAGUUGGUGAGACGCAGACUCAGCAUCACGUCAGCUGA